AGGGGGUCUGACUGACUCACUGGAUCUUCACCAGGACUAUAUAUAUUGUCAGGACUGCUGGGAGACAAAGACACACACUAAGAAAAACAACCAGUGAAUCUAUCACUCUGGAAAGAGCUGUCUGUGGAAUCAGUGCACCAGCUUCAGUCACCAUGUCACAGCCAGGCGAGGUGAAGAAGAAGAAGCGUCCCCCGAUGAAGGAGGAGGACCUGAAAGGAGCCCGCAGUAAACUGGGACUGAAGGGCGAAGUCAAGAGUAAGACCUAUGAGGUCAUGGUUGAGUGUGAACGUGUGGGCAAAGUGGCUCCAUCUGUGUUCAGCGGCGUGAGGACAGGGACAGAGACGGUCUUGGACAAGCCUGGUCCUGCCAAAGCUUCUGGAGCCAGUGUGUUCAGCAAGUAGAAUAAAACAGUAACACUGAAGGAGCAAUCGACAGCAGUCUUCAUGUUUCUGAGUCAGUGGUGAUGUCCCGUAAUAUAGAUUGCAAGAAAAGAAAAAGAAACAUUUUUAAGAGAGGUAAAUGGACUGAUUGUGUGUCACUUGUGUUCCUGUUGACAUUACUGCUGUGUGAGUAGUUACUGCACUUUGCAAAUUGCACAAUAUGUGCAUCAGAGUUGGAUCAAUAUGCCCAAUGAGAUAUCAGUGCUGAAAAAGACUGUUAAAAUGUUUGCUUUUUUGUUGAAUUUUUUACCUGAUUGUUUUUCCUAAAUAAAUUAUUUUCCCUUGUA